GUAGAACCUCUGCGGCAACCCAGAGGCUACUACUCCACAUACUUCCUUGUGGCCAAGAAGACCGGCGGUUUUCGCCCCAUUUUAGAUCUAAGGGGACUGAAUCGGUACCUGAAGGUCCUUCCCUUCCACAUGCUCACAAUAACAGAGGUCCUUCAGACCAUUGUGGCGGGAGAUUGGUUUACAUCAGUAGAUCUGACAGACGCCUACUUUCACGUGCCUAUUGCGGCAGAACAUCGCCGUUUUCUUAGGUUCACCUAUCGGGGGCGCCAUUGGCAAUUCCGGGUGCUCCCAUUCGGGCUCUCCCUUUCCCCGAGGGUGUUUACUCGAUGCAUGAAAGCAGCCCUCUCUCCUCUACAGGCCUCCGGAGUCAGGAUUCUGCCAUACCUGGACGAUUGGCUUCUUUGUGCUCCCUCUCAGGUAGCUGCCUCUCGGGAUACGUCCCAGCUUCUACUUCAUGUGUCACUGUUAGGCCCCAAAGUCAACUUGGCAAAGAGUUGUCUGGUUCCAUCUCAGACAACCACCUUUCUUGGGAUGCAUCUGGACUCCGCUACCAUGAUGGCCCGUCCAUCUGUUCACAGGGUAGACGACAUACUCCAGCUUGUCCGUCGUUUCAGACUGGGCAGGGAGUUUCCCUACAUCAUCUUCCUGCCAAUGCUGGGCAAACUGACAUCAGUCACUCAUGUCGUGCCCUUAGGGCUGCUCCUUCUGCGUCCUUUGCAGCGAUGGCUCAACAGCUUUCGCCUAGAUGCCAGGCUGCACAUGCAUCGCAGGCUGAUGGUGACCAGGAGCUGCCUCCAUGCCCUAGCUCCUUGGUGAGACGGGACCCUUUUGUCCAGUGGUGUUCCAAUAGUGUGUCGAAGGGAGGUGGUCACCACGGAUGCCAGCCUCAUGGGCUGGGGUGCCGUGUGGCAACACAGAGCUGUUCGGGGUCUCCAAGGGAGCGCACCGAACACAUAAAUGUGCUGGAGCUGCGGGCUGUGCACAUGGCCCUCGGGUGCCUUCUGCCCCACCUAGAGGGAAGGCACGUGCUGAUUCGGACGGACAACACCUCUGUUAUUUAUCAUAUAAACCGCCUAGGUGGCACCAGGUCAGCACGUCUCUUGAAGGUGUCGAGGGAUCUCCUGGAAUGGGCGUUUCCCCGUCUGUGUACCCUGUGCGCAGCGUAUCUGCCAGGACGGCAGAACCAUGUUGCGGACUCUCUAUCCCGCCAGGCACCUGCUCCGGGAGAGUGGUCUCUUCACCGCGACGUAGUUCGCAUAAUCUGGAACCUCUUUGGGCAGGCAGAUCUGUUCGCCACAGAGGAGUCGACCCAUUGCCCCUAUGGUAUUCCCUAACCAGGGUGGCGGGCGCACUGGGCCAGGAUGCACUGGCUCAUCCAUGGCCGCAGGUUCUCCUGUAUGCCUUUCCACCCCUCUCACUGAUUUGGCCGACUCUACGGAGGGUUCUCGAGCAGGGCCACAGAGUGUUGCUGGUAGCUCCGUUCUGGCCAGCGCGGCCGUGGUU